GCCCAGCGAGGCAGCGAGGCCACCAACUCCACCUCGUGGACUCCUUCCCCCAAAACUAAACCCUCGCAUAGGAGGCGCGUGAGCCCGUGAGGUGGACCAAGCGAGGGGCCCACGCCGCCACCGCUACCUGCUGCGACGACUCCGGGCGGAGAUGGCGUCCAUCUCCGGCGCGGCGGCGCCGCCCUCGUCCGCCGCGUGCCGGCUGCGGCUGCGGCGGCACCUCCUGCUCCGCCCCUCCCACCUCCGCCUCCGCGCGCCCCACUCCAUCGCCGACCUCUCCCGCUCGUCCAGCUCCUCCGACUCCGCCCCGACCCCGGCCCGGCCGCUGGGCUCCAGGGCGGAGAACGGCAGCGGCGGCUGCCGCGCGGUGGAGAAGGACCCAAUCAAGCUGUGGGAGCGCUACGUCGAGUGGCUCUACCAGCACAAGGAACUCGGCCUCUUCGUCGACGUCAGCCGGAUGGGGUUCACGGAGGAGUUCCUGCAGCAGAUGGAGCCGCGGAUGCAGCGCGCCUUCGCCGCCAUGCGGGACCUCGAGAAGGGCGCCAUCGCCAACCCCGACGAGGGCCGCAUGGUGGGGCACUACUGGCUCCGCAACCCGGCCCUCGCGCCCAACUCCUGGCUGCGCGACAAGAUCGAGACCGCGCUCGACAGCAUCCUCGCCUUCUCCCAAGACGUCGUCUCUGGCAAGAUUCAAUCCCCAUCUGGUCGUUUCACUUCAAUCCUGUCUAUAGGAAUCGGAGGAUCAGCUUUGGGCCCUCAAUUUGUCGCUGAGGCACUUGCACCUGAUAACCCCCCGCUGAAGAUAAGGUUUAUUGACAACACCGAUCCUGCUGGGAUUGAUCAUCAAAUUGCUCAACUAGGACCUGAACUUGCGACUACUCUUGUAAUUGUCAUUUCUAAGAGUGGCGGCACACCUGAAACCCGCAAUGGUCUGCUGGAAGUACAGAAAGCCUUCCGAGAUGCGGGGCUGGAAUUCUCAAAACAGGGUGUUGCAAUUACUCAAGAAAAAUCUCUGUUGGAUAAUACUGCCAGAAUAGAGGGAUGGUUAGCUCGGUUUCCUAUGUUUGACUGGGUUGGUGGGAGAACUUCGGAAAUGUCAGCUGUGGGUUUACUUCCAGCUGCAUUGCAGGGUAUUGAUAUCAAGGAAAUGCUUGUUGGCGCAGCUUUGAUGGAUGAGGAAACCAGGAACACUGUGGUUAAAGAAAAUCCAGCAGCAUUGCUUGCAUUAUGUUGGUACUGGGCAUCAGAAGGGAUAGGCAAUAAGGAUAUGGUUGUACUUCCUUACAAGGAUAGUUUGCUACUUUUGAGUAGAUAUUUGCAGCAACUUGUCAUGGAAUCCCUCGGGAAAGAAUUCGACCUGGAUGGCAAUCGGGUUAAUCAAGGGCUAACUGUAUAUGGUAACAAAGGAAGCACUGACCAGCACGCUUACAUUCAGCAGCUGAGAGAAGGUGUCCAUAACUUCUUUGUUACUUUUAUCGAGGUCUUGCGAGACAGGCCUCCUGGUCAUGAUUGGGAGCUUGAACCUGGAGUCACAUGCGGUGACUAUUUGUUUGGGAUGUUGCAGGGAACUCGCUCUGCUCUUUAUGCAAACGACCGGGAAUCUAUCUCCGUUACGGUUCAAGAAGUAACUCCUAGAGCUGUUGGUGCACUGGUUGCACUUUAUGAACGUGCUGUGGGGAUUUAUGCUUCUUUGGUAAAUAUCAAUGCCUAUCAUCAACCUGGUGUUGAGGCUGGUAAAAAGGCAGCUGGAGAAGUAUUGGCACUUCAGAAAAGAGUGCUGAUUGUAUUAAAUGAGGCCACCUGCAAGGACCCUGCUGAGCCAUUGACCCUAGAUGAAAUCGCAGAUCGCUGUCAUUGCCCUGAAGAUAUUGAGAUGAUCUACAAAAUAAUACAGCACAUGGCUGCGAACGACAGAGCGAUUAUAGCAGAAGGCAGCUGUGGUUCACCUCGGAGCGUCAAGGUUUAUCUCGGAGAAUGCAUUGUAGAUGAAGACAUGCAGGCUGCAUAGAUUUGGGGCGGUAUGGAUCGGUGUAAAAUUAUGUUGGAAUAAAAAGGAGCCUCACCAUGCGUGCGUCUUCCUGAUGUGCCAUUACCCAUUAGUUCCUUGUUUGGUUGUGCUCGCACACGGUUGCUGCAACGAUGUAUCUUAGAAAUUUUUUUCCCCCUUGGGGUCUCCCUUUAUUUUACUUACAAAAAUACGAAGGGACGAAGAAAGGUGCCGGCAUAAAUUACGUUCGUUUAAACGCAUCUUCCAUGGGAAUAUGCUUUUGGCA